UGCGUAGAAUUUGGACUUCCCGUGAGUCGCUGGGCGGGAAAGCCUGAGGUGAUUUCCUAUGUGGGAUCAUUGAGAGGUAGCCCGGCGUAGCACUGCCAUGGACCCAUUCCUGGUGCUGCUGCACUCGCUGUCCGGCAGCCUGUCGGGCAGCGAUCUGAUGGAGCUCAAGUUCUUGUGCCGCGAGCGCGUGAGCAAACGAAAGCUGGAGCGGGUGCAGAGUGGCCUGGACCUGUUCUCGGUGCUGCUGGAGCAGAACGACCUGGAGCGCGGGCGCACGGAGCUGCUGCGCGAGUUGCUGGCCUCGCUGCGCAGACACGACCUCCUGCAGCGCCUGGACAACUUCGAGGCGGGGGCGGCGGCCGCUGCGGCCCCGGGGGAGGCAGAUCUGCGGGUGGCAUUUGACAUUGUGUGUGACAAUGUGGGGAGAGACUGGAAGAGAUUAGCCCGACAUCUGAAUUUGUCUGAGGCCAAGAUUGAUGGGAUUGAGGAGAAGUACCCCCGACGUCUGAACGAGCAGGUAAGGGAGACUCUGAGGGUCUGGAAGAAUGGCGAGAGGGAGAACGCCUCGGUGGCUGGACUGGUCAAGGUGCUGCGGUUCUGCCAGAUGAACCUGGUGGCUGACCUGGUGGAAGAAGCAUUGAUGGCCCAGGGAUCUGUGAACAAGAGCGAGGAUGUGUCUCCAGUGCUAGGGGACUCAACUGUGUCUUCCUCAGAAACACCCUGACAAGCCUGCGGCUCCUCUCAGGAGUCACUGUGGACUUGGUCAUACCAUGAUGUAGCACCACGUGCCUUUUGUGCCCAGUGCCAAGAAGACCUUGCUGAUCCAGGCCUUUUGUGCCCAGUGCCAAGAAGACCUUGCUGAUCCAGGCCGGGGCCCCUCACACCCACUCCUGGAGGAUAGCUAUAUCUAUGGAGCCUCUGUUCCCUGGGCUUUGGGGACACAUGAAGGUUCCCCAUCGUGUUCUCCACCACUGCUCCUUCCCCCUGAGAGGUCCCUGGUCUUGCAAGGAGGAAGUUGGAGCUAAUGGUGCAUAUGCUGACUGCAGUUUGAGAGCCUUCCUGUUGGUCUUUGGGGGAAGACACCAACUCAGUUCAGAGUACUUGGCUGCCUCACAGUUGGCCAAGAAGACAUCUGUCUCAUAUCCUUGGAGGCCAUCAGACAGCUGUUCCUGAUCCCCAAACAAGUGCAAGAGCCCUGUGAGAACUGAGUGUGAAAUUCACCACCAAAAUCACUGGCUCUGUGAAGGACUGUGGUUUAAAGGGUAGCACGUUGCCUCCAUGGUGGUCCAUAAGCAAGUGCCCUGGGCCUAGACAUAGUGGCUCUUUUUCAAAUCCUAACACUAUUGUGUUCAGUUGAGACCUGCUGUGCUUUACAGCAGCCUGAGCUACAGAAACACACAAAAGCAGUGCCUUUAUCUAGAGAUAACCUGUGUCACCAAAAAUUUCCACUAUAUAAAGGAUCCUUCUAAUCUCAGAAGGAAAUCCCUGAAGACUACAGGCUGACUACAGUGUGCUUACAGCCCUGGGUGCUAGUUGUGAAUGGGGUGAUAUGAUUUCCUGGUUUGCUUCACACCAGCAGGGGCCCUCACUGCCACACUUGGAACCAAAUAAACCAUUCCUUGUCUCUGCUUUCCAA